AUGAAAACCAUAUUCAUUGUUAUUCUGUCAGUUCUGUUUGCUGGUAUUGUCCAAAGUAGAUCGCUAAGAGAUUUAGAAACAGAUGUCAUCAACGACAGUACAAUUGAGCACAACAUAGAAAAAAGAUUUGUGAAUCCAUCGCUGGUCAAUGGAGGAUUUUCGGACAAAGUAAUUUCCAAGAUAAGAGCGAAAAGAAGUGAAGAAGAGUGCGAGAAGCUAAGACUGUGCAGACUUCACGCCAGAUCCAACAGGAACUUCUUCGCAGCUUUUGAAUUGUAUUUUGUCAAUCGUGAGAAUGCCCGUCUAUGGGAUCACCACGCGCGCUCGCUGGCUGAAUGCUCCCAGAGAUACUCCUGCUAUAGAUAA